AUGAGGGAGUCGAUUUUUUCGGGCAAGGUCCCCAUCACAUGCCCAAGCGACGAGAUUCCAUGGCAGAUGAAGUGCGAGAUGGUACGUUCAGAUGAUGGAGUUGAAAUACGCUUGAUAGACACGAGGGACAUGUUUACCUUCUACUUAAAUGCAAUAUCACCAAGCGACUUUUAUGUAAUGAAGAGAGAGCAGGACAUUAUUGUUGACUAUGACAGGUUUGUGAAUGUAUUGGUGAAAAUGCUACAUGGGCUACAAAAUGGAAGGUUGAGUGGGAUAUUUUCAAGAGAGACGAAUAGAUUUGUAUUUGUGGAGAAGGACGAAUUCAGGAACAUUGUGAGACUAGAGCUGCAGUUUUCAAAGCCUGAUGAGUCGCAUUACAAGCAAUAUCUGGGAGACAUCUUGGGCAGAAUGGAAUCUGACAACAUAAGAUUGAUCAAAGAAAACGAGAUGCUGAGAGAGAAGUGUAAGGGUUAUGAGCGUGAUGCAAAGGAAAGAAGAAGGUAUCUUGAGGAAGAGCUUGCAAAAGCACAAAAGAAGGCUGAAAAGCUGUUUAAGGAGAAUGCAGGUUUUAUAGAGAGCAUGAAAUCAAGCAAUGAAGAUCUUAGUAAGCUAAACAAUAGGAUAUAUGAGCUUGAGAAGGAAAAUAGUAAGUUGCAAUAUGAUCUUGAAAAGUUAAAGCUUCAGGAAGUAAAGAAUGCGAGCCUUGUUGAAAAGACACAGGAAAUCGAUGAAGAAAAUAGAAAGCUAAAGAAUGAAAUAAACACAGCCAAUGAGAUAAUCAGGAAGUGCAUGGAUGAAGUGGCACAAAUGAAGAGCUCAUCUGCAGAAAAUGAUGAACGCACAAAGGACAUUCGGUCAGAAAACAAGAAGUUAAAGACUGAGCUUGACGCACUUAGAAAUAAAGUAAAGGACCUAGAUGACAAACACAAAAGAAUGUCUGACGAUUCAAAGGCCAAGGAUUCAAGACUCAAGGACCUGGAGAUUGAGAAUGGAAAGCUUGUGAAGAAGCUUGAGAAUGCCCAGAGUGUUUACAGCCACUUCUACAGCAAAAACAUUGAGAAUCCAGGGCCUGGCAUAUAUUCAGAUAAUGAGAGUCUAUUUUCUAUUGUUCCUGAAUCGCCUCCUCACUGA